CUGGUAUAUAAACAGCGUCUCGCGUUAAUUUCAUUUCUGAGUGUUGCAUGUCGUGGCAUUCCUCGGCUGUGGUCGCCGUCGCCUAGUUCGAUUAGGCCACUGUAAUGCGGAGUUCUUGGCUCAUCCAGGCUGUUGCCAUCUCGAAAUUCAGACAAGGAAAACACUAAGAGUCCAGCCCACUAGUUCUUUAUUCCGUUUAUUUACUACUUUUGGGUGGUUGAGUUUAGUAGUAUAACCUGUUAAGCUGGAUAUACUUGGACGACCAUGUGACUUUGAUUUUUCUAGUGUGAAUUAUGAGACUAACGAGACUCAACUAGUGGCCGCUAUGAGAGAUUUCCGAUCGGUGUAUUUCUUAUGCCAACUAGUCUGCUGCCAAGGGCGUGAUGACACCGCUGGAAAGCUACGUGUUCCGCAGCCACCGAAUGGUAGUCAGUUUUCAGGAACCAUUCAAAGUACAGUAUCUUUUUUCUUCUCUGAAACGGGUUUCACAUACUUUUGUCGGGUGUGCGAUUUCUUCCACCAUUACUUAGAGUUUGUUUUCUUGAAAGAGAACUUGUGGCACCUACCUCCAAAGGUCAUUUUCCAUUGUGUGAUAUGAUAUCACGUAGUGAGGGGUCUUGAAAGAUGAAGUACUUGACAUUAGCAUACUCUGCUACCAAGGGCGUGGCACUGCAGGAAUGGUUCUCCACAGCCAUCAAGAGUAGGAGUAUUCAGUUUUCAGGAACCAUUCAAAGCAUGUUUCCUCUGAAACGGGUUUUACAUACUUUUGUCAUGUUUGAUUUCUUCCACCAGUAAUUUAAAGUUGGUUUUCUUCAAAGAAACUCUACAUUACCUACCUCCAAAGGUCAUUUUCCAUUGUGUGAUAUGAUAUCACGUAGUAAGGGGUACGACCGGACUAUGAGGUACUACUUGAUUUUAGGCGAGUCAUCAGUGUCUUGGAAUUUCUUUAGUCAGCCAAUUGACAUCUAGAAAGAUGAAGAAAUUGGCAGACACCCCAUUAGAUCGGCAUGGCAAGUGCACUGGAGACUCUCUGCGGCCAAGCCUACGGUGCAAAGCAAUACCACAAUCUCGGGCUGCACACCUACAGAGCCAUCGUCACCCUCCUGGUGGUGUGCGUCCCUUUGUCACUGAUAUGGGUGUUCAUGGGCAAAAUCCUGGUCCUGAUCGGUCAGGACCCCCUGAUCGCGCAUGGAGCUGGGAGAUACAUCGUCUGGCUGAUCCCGGGACUGUUCGCAAACGCGCUGAUCCAGCCGAUCACCAAAUUCCUGCAGUCUCAGAGCCUGAUUGUGCCACUGCUCCUGUCUUCCGUGGCGACGCUGGCGUUGCAUGUACCACUGUGCUGGGUGCUGGUGUUCAGGACCGGAAUGGGGUACACCGGCGCCGCUCUGGCGAUCAGCGUGUCCUACUGGCUCAAUGUGGCCAUGCUCGUAGUGUACAUUGUGAUAUCGAGCUCCUGCAGGGAGACGCGCACGCCGCCGACGAUCAAGGCCUUCAGGGGAGUGGGUGUGUUCCUGGGCUUAGCUCUGCCCUCUGCACUGAUGAUGUGUCUUGAGUGGUGGUCAUUUGAGCUCCUUAUUCUCAUGUCGGGGCUUCUACCCAACCCAGAGCUUCAGACCUCAGUUCUAUCAAUUUGCCUCACGAGUAUAACAUUACUAUUCACUAUACCCUUUGGGCUUGGAGCGGGUGGAAGCACACGAGUAGCAAAUGAACUGGGUGCUGGAAACCCUGAAGGAGCUCGAUCGGCAGUCCGUGUGGUGAUGUCGAUCGCAGUGACAGAGGCAGUGAUCGUCAGUGGAACUCUUUUGCUGUCCCGGCGCCUCUUGGGUCAUGCUUACAGCAGCGAGGACCAGGUCGUAUCCGCCGUUGCGGCGAUGGUUCCUCUGGUCUGCAUCACUGUGGUUACGGAUGGUCUCCAAGGAGUUCUCUCAGGUAUUGCUCGAGGAUGUGGGUGGCAGCACGUGGGCGCUUACAUCAACCUCGGCUCGUUCUACUUGCUUGGGAUCCCGAUGGCGAUGCUCCUCGGUUUUGUUCUGAACAUGGGAGCAAAAGGGCUCUGGAUAGGUAUCAUAUGUGGGUCGAUCUCACAGAGCACGCUUCUCUCCGCCGUCACGUUUUUCACCGACUGGCAAAAGAUGGCUGACAAAGCUAGGGAGAGGUCGCUAAGUGAGAAGGUAACGGAGUCUGAGUCGAGAUAUCUACUAGAAUAGUUGUUACACUGCAAUUUUGUGCAUCUCAUCGCUGUCGGGAGUCGGGAAGUGAUCAAGUAGAUUGUAGAUGAGGAGGAGGAGGACACCGUGAACCACUGCUUUCCUCCAUCUUUACAUCUACGGAGUCCACGGCGGCGGUGGAAUGGCACGGGAUGAUUUCCUGAAUCCCUUGGUCCUCAUUUCCACUUAGUUUUUGCUCGACAGGGUACAUGCUGGGCAGCUCGAGACUUGAGAGUUGCCCCUCCACGUUUUGUGUGCAUGUGUUGGCUGUAACAUCUUGAUGUAUAGACUGCAGGAUAAAUCCGUGCUGUUUCUAACUGAAUCAUCUCAUGUUCUGAAGGUCA